AUGGCUCUGGCUCUGCGCUGCCUCCGUCCCCUCCCGCCGCUGCUGCUCCGCUCCGCCCCGGCCGUGCCCCGGGGGCUGCCCCGCUCUCCCGGGGGCUGCCCGGCCCCGCUCCCGCUGCCGGGGGGCUGCAGCCGCUGUGCCCAGCACUUGCUGCUCAGCAGGCAGCUGGCUACCAAAAAAGCGAAAGGCAAAGGGCAGAGUCAAGCCAAAGUGAAUAUCAAUGCUGCCCUAGUUGAGGAUAUUAUCAAUUUGGAGGAAACCAGUGAAGACAUGCAGGCAGUCAUAGAAGCUCUGAAAGAAGAUUUCAGCAGAAAUCUCAGUGUUAGAACCUCGCCAGGGGCCCUGGAUCACAUAACCGUGGUGACAAAGGAUGGGAAGUUUCCGCUGAACCAGCUGGGGCAGAUCUCACAGAAGUCCCCACAGCUCCUGACAGUGAACAUGGCCAGCUUCCCAGAGAGCACAGCUGCAGCUGCAAAGGCCAUAAGGGAGAGUGGCAUGAACCUGAACCCCGAGGUGGACGGGACGGUGAUCCGGGUGCCAGUUCCCAAGGUCACGAGGGAGCACAGGGAGAGCCUGGCCAAGCUGGCCAAGCAGGCCACCAACAAGUCCAAAGAGGCCCUGAGAAAGGUGAGAAGCAAAAGCAUCACCCAAGUAAAGAAGUCCAAGAACAAAGUGUCAGAAGAUACCAUCUGGCUGCUAGAAAAGCAGAUCCAGCAAAUGGCAGAUGAGGCUGCUGCAGAGAUGGACAAGCUGCUGGCAUCCAAGACCAAGGAGCUGCUUGGAUAAACACCAUCCCAAUUGUCACAAACAUCAUCCCAGCUGCCCUGGAGCAGGAAUGGGCUGC